GAAGAAAGGACACAUUUAUUCAGUAUUUUGAGUUGAUAAACAGUGUGUCCUGCAGAGCUUCUUACAAGACUGAAAAAACUGUUUGUAACUGGAAAGAGUUUUAGCAUGAGCCUUGAACAAAGAAACCUGACCUGGACAGUGAUACUGCUGUUUCUGGCUGAUGCUCUCUGCAAUACCUGGAGGGUGGAGUACCAACAGCAGCACAUCUGUGCAGUGAAGGGCUCAUCUGUUGUCAUGCCAUGCUCAUUUUAUCACCCUGACAACGUGAGGGUCAAGAACAUUGUGUGGGGUCACGUUAAGUCUAAGCCCCUCAAGGGUUGUUGGAUUUCUUCCAGCAAUUGGAGAAAAGGCACCACAAGAUUUCGGUAUAUUGGUGACAAACAUCACAACUGCUCCUUGAAGAUACACCAAGUCAAGUCUAAUGAUUCAGGAAACUACAUCAUCAGAUUUAAUGACAAAAUAAGCAGACAGCCUGGUAAUGGUCUAUCAUUAAAGGUGGUUGAUUUGAAAGUUUUUGUGACAAAACCUCACAGAAAUGGAACAAUAAAGGAAGGCGACUCAGUGAAUCUGACCUGCAUGAACAGCUGUGACAGUGGCAACUUCUCAUCUGCUUUCACCUGGUUUAAGGAUAGAGAACCCAUACAUAAAGGACCUAUGCUUAAUUUAAGCAACAUUUCCUUCACAAACUCUGGAAACUACACUUGUUCCCUAACAAGACACAAAAGAACGACUUCAGGAGUCAUAAAUAUCAAUGUUGAAUAUGGCCCUAAGAACACAUCAGUGUCUGUGAGACAGGUAGACACCGGCAUCAGUAUCACGCUGAUCUGCAGCAGCCAUGCGAACCCCUCAGUGGAGAAUUAUACCUGGUUUAAAGUAGUUGCAGAUGAUGUUGUGGAUGUUGGACACCAGCCUGUGUUCCUGUGUGGUGAAAGUGGACACUAUUUAUGCAGUGUCGCCAACAAACAUGGAAGUCAAAACUCCUCUGUGGUGACUUUAAAGAUUCAGUCAUGUUGGGCAGCAUCCACCAGAGACAUUCUUUUCAUUGCUAUUGUUGCUGCUGUUGCCAUGCUUCUGAUUGUGAUCACUGUUAUUGCCAUCAGAAGAGACAGCAAGAGGAGGACAUGGGCACCAAACACAGACUGUGAGGAGGAAUCUCAGAAUACAGACUACAUCAACUGGCUUAUCUGUGACAGCGACCAAUCACAAGAGGACAAUCAGUGUGAGGCAGGCGCGACAGAACUCGUCUAUGCAUCGGUUUGCUUCCACAAUAAAAGACAGUCAAACAUCAGGGAGCAGCAGAUGGACUCCUGUAAUGAUGAGGUGAUUUACAGCACAGUGUGCAGGAACCAACUGUUGAACCCUUCACAUCCUGAAUCUCCUUAAUUUAACAAAAAAAAAAAAAAAAAAACAGAUUCAAUUUUGCAGUAAUAGCUGUACAGACACAAUUUCUCAGGAUGUUUUGUUUAUGAUUGUUUGUUUCCUUACAUUUUUCAAAAUCUGUAAAAUGUACUCCACAUGCAUUGUAGUAAAGAUGAUAAUCCAGUCAGUAGGAAAACAUGAAAAAUAUCAAAAGUAACACACAGGGACUCAUCUCCCCCUAAACACUAAUAGACUGCUGUUGACAUGUUUUUCUUAAGAGCAGCAUUGAGGGCACAAAGCAACAACUGAAACAACUGUAUGAAACACACUAAAUAAAGUAUAAAAUUUAAUUCUGAAUAUACAUCAUCUCUUAACUGUUGCAAUGAUUUUUUUUCUGGCUGUGUGUUUAUGAGAAUUCAUAAAACUUCUUCACUGUGGUGGAUGGCUGAUUCAUUACAAAAGAACAACUGUGAAUCUGAGACCCUACCGACAUAUUUUCCCAUGAUGGCCCUUCUUAUCUCUGCUUCCCUCAGCGUUACAAACAGGUGACGUCUGCUGGCAACUGAAAAUAAUGUCAUUUGAUCAAACAUCUCAAGGUUUCAUUAAAGAUUUGUGUGCAGGUUAA